AUGUCAUCGAAAGAGGGUACAACUGAUCAUUUCAAUAAACUUAUGCCGUUGUGCAUGGAAUAUUGUAAUUGUGUUAGGACACUGUAUCAAUUAAAAACAGCAAAUGAUGAGGAGAUUCAUAAAAUUCAUAAAAUGAUCAAAGACAAAAUGAUCGAUACAAAGAUCCUUACACCAGAACGUGUUAUUCUUAUUAUUUCUCAAGUAAUAAUAUACAACAAUCGAUUCUUUCCUUCAUAUUGGAAGCUUUUCAAAUUAAUUUAUGAAGAAUAUCAUCCAAAACAUAUCAAAAAAAUCACUGCUAUCUUUGAUUACUUCGUUUAUAAAGAAUAUGUAUUUGUAUUUGAUGCGAAAAACAAAGAAAAAAUCAAAAAUUAUAAUUAUUCAAUGAAUGUUCAUGAAGAAAACCCAAUUUGGAGAGCAAUUAUGAAUGAUGAUAAUGAAUCAUUUAUUGGAUUCAUAGAAAAUAAAUCUUUUGACAUAAAUGAAACCAUAAGUAGCAAAUUCUUUCCAGAAGAAUUCGUAUAUUCAUACAUUGAUUUAUGCUGUUAUUAUGGAGCAGUUAAUUGCUUUAAACUAUUAAUAACAAAGUUUAAUUCACCAAUCACUGAAUCUUGUCUUAAGCUUUCAUUUUUGGGUGGAAAUCCAGAGAUCAUGAGUGAAUGUUUGAAAAAGAUUAAAAUUUAUCAGGAUUUUAUGGAAUUUGCAAUGAUAUCUCAUAACAUUGAUUUCAUCACAUUUUUGAUGAAUGAACGCAGCUUAAAGAUUUAA